AUGUUCACCAACCUGACCACGACAAGGGACGUGUUCCAGUACGCUUCGGAGAAAAGAGUCACUGGAGCCUUUUUUUCACUUGAUCAGGCCAAGGCUUUCGAUAGGGUCAGGCACACCUACCUGUUCGAAACCCUGCGAGAGUUUGGCCUACCGGCAAGCUUUGUACAAGUGAUAAGGCUCCUGUACUCAGACCUCAGGUGCCACGUAGUAGUAAAUGGCUCCACGACGGACACCUUUCAGUACACGAGAGGGAUCAGGCAGGGGUGCCCGCUUGGCCCAACCCUCUUUGUACUCGCGAUAGAGCCGCUACUUACAUCCCUGGCAAGCGACGUGCACAUCCGGGGCCUUCCUCUCACAGGAACUGCGGACCUGAAAGCCCUCGCAUACGCUGACGAUAUCUCCCUUUUUGUGCGAGAUCCAAGCAGUCUCGAGCGCUUUCACCAGGUAUUCGCGUCAUACGCCCUAGCAUAA